AUGGCAGUAGCAGUCAAGGAAGUUUCGGAGGUAGCAGUCAGGGUGCAACUGGAAGAGGCGGGUAUGGCCAAGGAAGUACUGGAGGCUACGGCCAAGGAAGUAAUGGAGGCUACGGCCAAGGAAGUAAUGGAGGCUACGGCCAAGGAAGUAAUGGAGGCUACGGCCAAGGAAGUAGUGGAGGCUACGGCCAAGGAAGUAGUGGAGGCUACGGCCAAGGAAGUAGUGGAGGCUACGGCCAAGGAAGUAGUGGAGGCUACGGCCGAGGAAGUAGUGGAGGCUACGGCCAAGGAAGUGGAAGCCGUGGAAGCGAAGGUGAUUAUCAGAACCACGGAUAUUAGAUUUAGUUAUAAACAAACUAUACCUACUCUUCGGUUUAGUUAUUACUCCGCUUUCACGGAUCGUAGUUAUAUCUAUGCUAACACCAAAAUAGUUGAUCAAAUCGCAUCUGUGGGUACCUGA